AUGAGUGGCCAGAUGAAGGACCGUUACGACGUUUGUGCCAGAGAUAAUGACUAUUAUCAGGCUGUACAGCCACCAACGGAGGAAAGGCCUUUCACCAAAGCUGCAACGAUCCUGGAAAGGCCCUUACGAAGCUCUGAAGAUGAUGAUCAAUGUCGUCGUCUACUGAAUUGGGAACCGGUGCCAAGCCAAAGCAGACAGUCGUACAGUACAUCUGAUAGACUCCUUUUGCCGAAAGUAAUGAGGAAGCAAGCGCCCACCGCCUUUAAACAGAAGACACUUAAUAAUAUCGAACAGAAGCUGGGUAUAAAGGAAUCUCAACAAAAAAUGGUCGAGAUAGAAAACAAAUAG